ACUUCCUGUACAGACAUUCAACUGACAUUUGCUACAAUUGGGCAAACAUGUUUAUCAGAAGAAAGAUAGUCUAUGUUAUUUCUUUGCUGUUAAUAUGUAUUGCUGAAGGUGCACCUGAAGAUUCUCUUGAACAUGUUGGAGUUGUAAAUGCUACUGUGGGCCAGAAUAUCACCCUAAACUGCUCUGUGGACGAAAUUGAACUACAGGUUUCUCAAAUUCAAUGGGAAAAGACCAACAAUGAAAAAAAAGAGAUAUUAGUGGUGCAUAACCCACAAUUCGGGACUGAUGGUAAACUUAAAUCUAGCUUUGCACCUCUAAGGAAUAAAACAACUGGGCGACUAUAUGGUGCAACUCUAAGUUUAUACAUGGUACAAAUGUCAGACAGCGGUCAUUAUUGCUGUGAAAUUGUUACAUUUCCUAAGGGAUCAAUUAAGGACAUCACAAAUCUCUCCGUAGAUGUACAAGAAGAGGAGCUUUCAGACACCACCGUUGAUGCACAACUUAAUAACGCAAUACAAAUACAAUGCUUGAAAAACAUGACUGGGAUCAUGCAAUCUGGAAUGUUUCUCGAGUGGGCUGUGUAUCUGAUCGUCUGGAUGCGUUUGAUAACAGAAUCACUGGCUUGGAAUCAGCAGCCAUUUCAUCCUCAUCAGGGACACCAGCAGCAGCUCUCACCUCUCCCACUGCUUCAGCCAUGCACAGACACGCUCUCGAGCUGCCAGUCUUCGCUCUAGCAUCUCCCUCUAGUUCGGGAUCCUCCUUUGCUUCAGUAUUUCACCGCCACUCUAUCUCUCCUCAACUGAGAUGCAAUAUCAUCGAAGGUAAAGGCAUUAAUUUAGUUUCAAUAAUUAUUGGAACUUCAGAAUUUCGAGAACACAGGGUAGUCGACUGUGGAGAUCUGUCUGUUAGGCUCAGGCUCCUCAGCUGUGUAAAAAACUCACUCUUGGAGAAUUUGUGCUUGCAUUUUCUGUUUUUCGUGAUGUCCUUUAUGCUCACCGACAACAAGAA